CAGGAUGUUUCAGCUCUUGUUUGAAGACAUGCCAUUGUUCUGGCGGUGUUGAGGAUUGUAAAUUUCUGACUGGUGAUUGUUUGUCAUCCACCUGUCAUCCAAGAUGGAUGGGGGAUCAAUGCCAAACAGAUCGUUUUGAGACGAGCUUGGAAAAGACCAACCCAGGAGUGGCGAUCUUCUCCUGUUCCUUCACAGCGUCAUCAGGGCAAAAUCUUCUCUCUGAUUAUGUGAAGGCAGAUGUAGGGACGUCUUUUACGGAACCCUGGAUAACUCAUGUUAGCUCUAAUACAUCAGGAACAACCAUCAAUAAUUCAUAUAUCCACAAGUAUAUGGGACCAGAAGAACCAAUUUACUGCUUCGUCGGGGCACCUGACAGUUCCUCAGAGUUUGCUUUCGUAAGGCUGCCUCCAAGAGAUUUCUUUGUUUUACCAAGUUAUAAUGGUGUACCAGAACUACUUGAAUCUGGAUCCUACCAUGCAGUCAUUGGUUGGAGGCAAUGGGACCCAAGCUCUGAUACCGGGGACGGACCUAUUGUUGGAUACAAGAUAUACGUACGAUCAGAUAACAUUAUCGUGUUGACUAAAGAAGUACAACCUUCAAGCAUGGUAAACAAUACGGACCGUUCCGUAUCGAAGAGGUCUGCUGAGAAUGCCACUGAGAUGGUCAUGUAUAACGUCAGUGGACUUGAAGCAGGAUCAACGUACUCUGUUCAUAUUGCAGCGAUACGGGAUGGUAUCAACGGUGAAGGAGCACAAGGAGCAGCAUUGACAUUCACAACUGAAAAAAUUGUGCCAACAACGACACCGAGUUCAUCAACCGUUUCGACUCCAAUGAUGAUUGGACCAGAUGAGGGGGGUUUGGGUGGCGCUCCUAUAGCACCGGCAGCUGGGGGAGCCGUGGGCGCCAUUCUGCUUAUUCUGAUUAUCAUCAUCGUAGUCAUCAUUGUGUUCAAACGACGAAGGAAUGAUAGUAAUCCGUCUAAAAAAGGAAACGUAGAGGACCAAUAUCAGGCACCAGCUGGUUUCCACGACACGUCAUUAGAAGGAAACGACUACAGUGGACACGACUCUGUUUCGAACCCAGACCAAACACAUUCAAGGAGCACGAGACCUAAACCAGCUGUAGUCGUCAAGCCCUUUGUACGGGCAACUAAGUCCCUAGACCUCGAUUCAACCGAUGGAUCUCCUGAAAGAUCCAGCAACAAACCUUUUGCCACACGACAACCGAUACCCAUGGCUCAGUUUCCUGCGUUCGUCAACAAGAACAGACACACUGCGCUCUUCUCCCAGGAAUUUCAUGACUUACCUGGCCCAGACAUCUAUCCUCAGACCGUGGCUCGAGAGAAGAUCAACUUCACGAAAAACAGAUACAAGAAUAUUUUGCCAUAUGAUUCGGCGAGGGUGAAGUUACAAGUCAUCGACAAUGAUCCUCAUUCCGACUACUUCAACGCUUCUUACAUUCCCAGUUUUGACAAUGACAAGGCUUACAUUGCAUCACAAGGACCCAACAAUGCGUCAAUGGAUGAUUUUUGGAGGAUGGUCUGGCAGGAAAAUGUGACGACUAUUGCCAUGGUAACGAAGCUCCAGGAAGGAGAUAAGAUCAAAUGCCGCCAGUAUUGGCCUAAUGAAGAAGGUGACUCAGUGGUGUUUGGAAAUAUCAAACUGGAGCUGGUGUCACUGGAAGCGUGCACAGGUGGAGUUAAACGGAAAAUGGGAAUGAGAAAGGGUGACGACUACAGGACCGUCACUCAGUUCCACUUCACAGAGUGGCCUGACAAGGGUGUUCCUAAACAUACCUCAUCACUGCUCCAGUUCAUCAAGGAAGUCAGAGCUGAUCAUGGACAGAACACUCAUCCUCUGAUCAUCCAUUGCAGUGCCGGUGUUGGUCGAACAGGCGUGGUGAUCAGUAUUGAUAGCGUCGUAGCUCACGCCAAGAGAACUAGAAUGGUAGAUGUCUUCAACUUCGUAACGAACAUCAGACAGAAACGACCAUACAUGGUCCAAACACAGGAGCAGUAUGCCUUCAUCUACGGGGCUGUCCUUGAGGAUCUUCUCUGGAGGAAUACCCUGAUCCCUGUCAUUCAUUUCACUGAUCAUCUACAAGACUUACACACUUCAGUUGGUGGAAGUGGACGGUCCAAGAUGACCAAGGAGUUCGAGACUUUGAAGAGCCUCUGUCCAGAUCCUCCGCCUUCUCGAACAAGAUCCGGACGCACACCAGAUAAUCAACCAAAGAAUAGAUACGGAAACAAUCUACCAUUGCAGAGGAAUCGUGUGAUACUAGACUCCCCAGAUCAAGAUUACAUCAAUGCUAGUCAAAUGAAGGGAGUCCACUGCACAUUCGUGACAACCCAGAUGCCGCUGCCAACCACUGUGUCUGAUUUCUGGUCUAUGGUCGUAAACUCUAAACCAUCCACUAUCGCCAUGCUUAAUGACAAGAGCCAAAACGAUAAGAGUUGUGCACAAUACUGGCCUGAUGCUGACUCGGCUCAGUUCGGAUCAUAUUCAGUUGCAACCUUAUCAACAUCAUCUGAUGGCGACGUGACCACUCGGCAAAUGAAAGUUACCAGAAACUCCAACGCAAGUCACACCGUUACUCAGUACCAGUUCCAUGGAUGGCCUAAACAUGGAUCAGAUCAACAACUAGGGGCUAGGUCAUUGAUCAAGCUCAUCCGUGCUGUAAAAAGUUCCACUAACAACAAGAAAGAAUUCUCUAUUCUUGUCCAUUGUUUGAGUGGUGCCGGGCGAACAGGUGUGUUUUGUACUGCUAUGGAGUGCAUCGCUCAGAUAGCUGAGGGAAAUUCCGUCGAUAUUUUCCAGACAGUCAAGAUACUGCGAGCUGACAGGAUGCAGUUCGUUCAAACCGAGGAGGAAUAUGCUUUCGUCUACGAUGUCAUCCGUGAAUACCUGCACACUGAAAACUAUGAGCAACUGCCAUACCCGAAACCAGAGGACCACACGUACGGCAAUGUAGAGAUCGACUACCGUACACUUGACCCGGAAGAGAACCCAUAUGAGGUCACAGAUCCGCAGGAAGCAGGCGCUGCCGCACUCGUGUAUGGCAAUGUAGAGACUGAGAGGAGCCAGGACAGACCGAAGCCAAAACCUCAACAACAGUGCUCCAUAUACGAGAACUUUGAAUUUGAAUCUUGAAUUCAUAUACCAUUGCGUUGGUUGUAUGGUGCUCUGUAUACGAGAACUUUGCAUUUAAAAGCCCGCUGCACUACUUGUAGCUACUUGCGACCUCUCUAUAUUA